UCGAGAAGAAAUGCUGGUGGAAUGUUUAGUAUUCGGCUUGAUAUCAUGGUCUAUGACAGAGGGUCGCCAUGAAGUACAGCAGGUGUUUGCUGAGUCCAACUCCAAAGUUGUACUCCCGUGUGUUUGCAACGCUUCAUCUCCCGCCAUCACCUGGAAACGCAACCAAGGUACCGUGUGGAGACAGGAGAAGAGUGGGAUGCAGUUCUGGGGCUACAAAUGGCUGCAGAGAGGAGCCCAGCGUGUGCGAUGCCCUCACCCCCAGUUAGACAGAGGCGACUGCAGUCUGCACAUAAACGACGUCAGGGAGGACGACGGCGGCAUGUUUGUGUGCUCGUUCAACAGCGGAGGACAGUCCGAGACACGCUUGGUCAUGCUGAGAGUCAUCACAGUGUCUUUCUCGUCCGUGUCCCCCGUGGCGGGGAUGAAGGUCUCCAUGCGCUGUGACGUGUCGCCUCAGCCUGUGGGUGCCAGCGUGCAGUGGGGAUUGAACAACAGCACAUUUGUGUCCACAAGUGGAGAGAACCCCAAAGCGGCUCAGUGGACCGUGGAGGAAACAGCCAGCGUGAGCCUGACAGGAAAGUGGACUUGCGUGGUGGCCCACCAAGGCUUGGAGGGCCGAGCAUCUGCAGAUUUAACCGUGAAAGGAAUCCUCCAUCCAUCUCGAGAUGAUGUAGUGAUGUACGCAGCUGUGGGACGUGCAGCCACCCUCCCUUGUGUCUUCUCACCUGGACUAAGCCCUUCUGAGACCAGCUGGCACAAACCUUCUGGUCCUCUUCCUCCUUCCUUUUCGUCUUCAUCGCCAGCUUCCAAACCUGCUUGGGACCAGUCGGCCCGGCUGGGAAAUGUCAGUUUUGAAGAUGAGGGGAUUUACAGAUGUGCAGGUGUGGUUGGAGGACAAAGCCUGUCUCGAAGGAUGCAGCUCGUCGUCGCCAAAGUUGGCCGCAGCGUCUCGUGGAGGAAAACAGUGGCACUGACAUGUCAGCUGACGGACACCAGCGAGGUCGCCCGUUACCAGUGGGUUCACGUGACCUUUGACCCCAGCGGCACACCAUUGGUUGAACCCAUCCAGGAAGGAAAGACUCUUUAUAUGACAAACGGGAACGAUGAGGGUGUUGGAGACUGGGUGUGUCGCUUUUACAGUAAAGAAGGCCUUCUGGGAAACGUAACACAUCGCAUCAUUCCUCAGAAUGGUCCUCUAACUGAGUCAACAAGUCCUUUCAACAACACAUCGAUGGCGCUCAGUCUCAGCGUUCUCCUCGUUCUUUUGGUUCUGAUUGUGGGUCAGCUGUACAGGCAUCAGCAGUGGAGGACACAAAUCUUCCACUUUUCUGCACUGGAGACGAUUCUUCACGCUAGGUCCAAUGAGCGUGACAAAGGACAGAAAUGCCAAGAGAAAAAGUGAAGACACAACACACCCGCUUGUACGAACCCCGUUUCCAUAUGAGUUGGGAAAUUAUGUUAGAUGUAAAUAUAAACGGAAUACAAUGAUUUGCAAAUCCUUUUCAACCCAUAUUCAGUUGAAUGCACUACAAAGACAACAUAUUUGAUGUUCAAACUCAUAAACUUUGUUUUUUUUUUUGCAUAUAAUAAUUAACUUAGAAUUUCAUGGCUGCAACAUGUGCCAAAGUAGUUGGGAAAGGGCAUGUUCACCACUGUGUUACAUCACCUUUUCUUUCAACAACAAAAAUCUUUUAACGCAAUAAACGUUUGGGAAUUGAGGAAACUAAUUGUGGAAGCUUUGAAAGUGGAAUUCUUUCUCAUUCUUGUUUUAUGUAGAUCUUUAGUCGUUCAACAGUCCGGGGUCUCCGCUGUCGUAUUUUACGCUUCAUAAUGCACCACACAUUUUCGAUGGGAGACAGGUCUGGACUGCAGGCGGGCCAGGAAAGUACCCGCACUCUUUUACUAUGAAACCAGGCUGUUGUAACACGUGGUUUGGCAUUGUCUUGCUGAAAUAAGCAGGGGCGUCCAUGAUAACGUUGCUUGGAUGACAACAUAUGUUGCUCCAAAACCUGUAUGCACCUUUCAGCAUUAAUGGUGCCUUCACAGAUGUGUAAGUUACCCAUGCCUUGGGCACUAAUACACCCCCAUACCAUCACACAUGCUGGCUUU